GUCCAAGAUCCUCGAAUCACACGACAACCAUAAUAAUACUAUCGACACAGGAAGUCCAGAGUCCUCCAGGUUUAUGAUCUACGUUUGAUCGCACUUCCUAAAGCAUCAAAGCCUGUUGAUAAGCAACUUGCGGCCCUUCUGACAACACCGUAGUAGGGUACGCCUUUAAUCUCACCGCCCGCAGGCCAAACGUUCAACCCCACCAAAAUCCUUCAUCAGCCGCGGGUCCGAGGUGUGACUCUUGGAUAUCAAAAUUCUUCCCAGCUUCUAGUCCACCACACUCUCCUUCCUCUCUAUCGACGACGCCGUCUUCUCACCAGGUUUUCACUACUAGCUGGUCGCCCACAAUGUCUUCCUUUCCUCCUCCCCCAGUCAGCACAAUUGACUGGUCCAAUGUUGGCUUCAAAGUAAGAGAAGUCAAUGGACACAUUGAGUCCACUUUCCGAUAUUCCUCGGGCGACAACCCAACCUGGAGCAAACCCAAAUUCGUCCGCUCGCCGUAUCUCUCUAUCCAUGGCAUGGCCCCAGGUCUCAACUAUGGUGUCCAAUGCUACGAAGGCAUGAAGGCCUUCCGCCAACCAGAUGGAAACAUCACCAUCUUUCGUCCUGACCAAAACGCCCUGCGGAUGCAACAUUCCGCUAGCUACAUCUCCGUCCCACCAGUGCCCGAGGCUCUUUUCGUCGAAGCAGUCAACUUGGCCGUUUCCGCCAACGCAGAGUUUGUCCCUCCUCACGAGACUGGUGCCGCCAUGUACAUUCGUCCUUUGCUCUUUGGCUCAUCCGCACAACUUGGCCUCAACCCACCGGAUGAAUACACCUUUGUCGUCUUUGUCAUGCCAACUGGAGUCUACCACGGUGUCCACGCUGUCGACGCCUUGAUCCUCGAAGACUUUGACCGGGCUGCCCCUGAAGGUACCGGCUCCGCCAAAGUCGGCGGCAACUACGCUCCCGUGCUUCGUCACUCGGAGAAAGCGCGUGGUAAAGGCUAUGGCAUCACAUUGCACCUCGACAGCAAAACACGUAGCGAGAUUGACGAAUUCUCAACCUCAGGGUUUCUAGGCGUGCGCAAGGACGACGACGGCAAGACGACGAUCGUGGUGCCCGAUUCCAAGAAUGUCAUCAAGUCGGUGACAUCGGUUUCGGCGACCCAGAUUGCAAAGGAUUUGUUCGGGUAUAAUAUCGAAACCCGGCCGAUCCUAUACAGCGAGUUAUCCCAGUUCUCUGAAGUUAUGGCCGCAGGCACCGCCGCCUCGUUGGUGCCAAUCAAGAGCAUUACCCUUGAAAGCAAAGGUGACAAAUUCGACUAUCCCGUCAACGAGGCUCUGGACCCUGGUCCAGUGUGCGCUCAACUGUUGACCACAUUGAAGGGCAUUCAACAAGGCAAGGUCAAGGACACUUUCGGGUGGAAUUACCGCGUCACCCCGGUGCCAGAGGCCUUCAUCACCGAGGCCAAGGCAGUAAAUGGCGCUGUGGAUUCGUUACCGUGAAGAAGGUGUCCGCGGGUUUGAGGAAGAGAAAGUGAGAUGGUAUGGUCGUGGCAAUCUAUCAAUAUUUGGGCCAGACGGGGUUCACGUCUGUCGAGGACUGAUCCAAAAAAAAGAAAGACAAAAGGUUGGCUGCAAUGUUACACAGUAUAGGAAAUGCUCGCGCCAAAAGUCCAGACUUGCAAGGGAUCGAUACCUAUGGGAUGUAGAAAAAGCAUUUGAAAUACUCUUGAACACGUUCAAAUCAGUGUCAUAUGUUUUUUUCCCCUUCGCUUGACAAUAAUGGAUGAACGUCUGUUCUUGGUUCUUUGGUGGCUCGACUAACAAGAAACUCCUUAACGGCCUCGCCAUCGCCGUCAUUCGUGUCAUUCCCCUCAAGGUGUAGCCAUACAUAAUAUGAGCCAUAUUCCAUCAUUA